ACUACCUCCCCAAGAGCGACGCCUCCUCCUCCUCCUCCGCCCCCCACACACGCCACCAAACCCCACCACAGCCAAGCCUUCUCCCCAACCCAAACCCACUCCACUUCCCCGGUGAGGCUGAGCGAUCCACGACGAGGCACCCAAUCGUCGCCGGCGACGGCGGCAGCAGGUUUGUUCUCUGAACUCUGAUCCUUGGUAGAAGCAGCAGGUGACAAAAAGGUUUCAAGAAAGGAAGCAUUUGUUCUUUUUUAGUUUUGGAAGGGGACCUUUCUUGGGGUAUUUGAUCAAGAAAGUGUUCCUUGGGUGUGAGAUUCUCAGCUUUCUUUCGACAGUACAAUCUUCUUCUUCUCAGGAAGAACAGAGAUCCAGAGAACUUUUUUUCUCCCUCUUGGAUUCAUUCUUGUCCAUGUUUCUAGCUUUUGUUUCUGUUUAGAUUUAAGAUUUCUUCUUUUUUUUUUAAGCUUUAGCAAGCCAGGAAGGGUCGUUUUUACAGGCCCCUUUCAUCCAGGCUCUGCAAGAACCACCCCUGUUCUUCGCUUUUUUUGAAGAAACAGGGCUUAAUCAAUCAAUUAUUUUAGUUCAGAUUCUGCACAAAACAAAACUUUUUUUUCUUUUAGUUCUUGGUAGCCUUUAGUGUUGUUGCUAAUGGCGGCCAUAGAUUUGUACAAGUAUCAGCUGAGCUCCUCGUCCUCGUCUUCUUCCUCGGAUCAGGAGCUCAUGAAAGCGCUCGAACCUUUUAUCAGGAGCGCUUCACCCACCUCCACCUCCACCUCCACGCCAUUGUUCUACUCCUCUAGCUCCAUCUCCACCACCACCACCACUCCCUUCUCCUACUCGUCUCCAUUGCCGCAAGAAUCGUACUACCUCCCUGCUUCUUCGUCCUACGCCGCCAUUGUUCCACCUCCGACGACGACGACGAACACCACCACCUCCUUCUCGGAGCUCCCUCCCCUGCCUCCCUCCUCCUCGUCGUUCGCCUCGCCGGCGAAUGCUGCGGCGGUGGGGCUGGCUCACCUUGGCCCGGAGCAGAUCCAGCAGAUUCAGGUGCAGUUCUUGAUGCAGCAGCAGCUGCAGCAGCGGGGGAUGGCGGCGUCGGCGUCGGCGUCGGCGGCGGCGUCGUACCUUGGCCCGCGGGCGCAGCCCAUGAAGCAGGCCGGGGCGGCGGCGGCGGCGGCGGCCGGCGGCAAGAUGUACCGCGGCGUGCGGCAGCGGCACUGGGGGAAGUGGGUGGCGGAGAUCCGGCUGCCGAAGAACCGGACGCGGCUGUGGCUGGGCACGUUCGACACCGCCGAGGACGCGGCGCUCGCCUACGACAAGGCGGCGUUCCGCCUCCGCGGCGACGCCGCGCGCCUCAACUUCCCCACGCUCCGCCGCGGCGGCGCCCACCUCGCCGGCCCGCUCCACGCCUCCAUCGACGCCAAGCUCACCGCCAUCUGCCACAGCCUCGCCGCCGCGCCGCCCGCCUCCUCCAAGAAAGCCGCCGCCGCCGCCGCUCACCCGGACUCGCCCAAAGGCUCCGCGUCGACGACGACCACGACGUCGGAGGGAGACGAGUCGGCGAUCUCCGCCUGUUCGCCUCCUCUCCCGCCGCCGCCACCGCCGCCGCCGGCGGCGCUCCCCGAGAUGGCAAACCUUGACUUCACGGAGGCGCCAUGGGACGAAUCCGACGCCUUCCACCUCUACAAGUGUCCGUCAUGGGAGAUCGACUGGGACUCCAUCCUCUCGUGAUCAAAUCAACUUUAAUUAAUUAAAAUUAAAUUAAAUUAAAUUAAUGUAAUCAGUAGCUUCCAUGAUCCGAUGGAAUAUUAGACAUCGGCCAUGGCUGCUGCAAUUAGGGUUUAAGGAGGUCGUCGUCGUCAUCGUAGUAGGAUUAAGUCAUUAAGAAGGGUUUAAGAUAAGUGUUCUUAGCUUAUUAUUGCUGUAUUAAUUUUCUGUACUUAGUAGUUAUUAUGAUCUCCUGGUUACUUCGCCGGUUGUUUUUUUUUCACUCGGCAAGGCCAGUUGAGGGUGUAAUGUAAUGUAACUUUUGGUUACUGCUGUUGCAAUUCACUCUUUAAAAUUUUUGUAAUGUAUUUACUUUGCUCA